AUGAAUCCGUUUAAUGCUGUUCCUGUGUUUAUGGAGGACCACGGCGACCACGGCGACCCUGCACAUCCUCCGACGACGCCACCUGAUCAGACCAUCGGCAGUGUGGGAAGUUCCUCCUUCAAGUCAUCGUCUUCGGAUGAGUUGGAAUCCUGGUCGCCAGACGUUGCGACUCAUUCCCCAGCCACGACGCGUCAACUUGAACCAUCCUCUGAAGAGCAGCCUGUCGCGGACAGGAUUCGCGCCUUACUCGAUACCCUCUCACCCGAGCUGCAAGCUGUCAUCACCCACAUGCCCGAGGCGUACCACAGGUCCUCAUACUGGACCGAGUUUCCGUUGUGCUCGGCCGACUUUGCCGGUCUUAAAGUGAGAAAUGCUGACUGGUUGUAUCGAUAUGACUAUGACGCCGCAAACGAGAUCUUGACUUUUCGAACGCCCGUCUCAAACGCACACGGCUAUGUGCAGUCGAUGCUGCACCACAAGAUCAUGUCCCAACUUGAAGAUAUAGCGUCCUGCAGUGACAAGGUCGCCACAUUCAUUCGGGAACUCGAUGCGUCCGCCCGGCGCCCAAUCAGGUACGCGGGAUCGGAGCGCCACCCGGAUAUCAGCUUUGGGCACACCUCUCAGAACAACCCGGCUGUGGUAGGGGAGCUCGCCUUCCCUCCAACCAACAAGGAUCUCCACGCGCUUGCAGAGGAAUACCACCAAAGGAUGCGCGGCCUGGUCAACGUCGUGUUUGGUCUCGUGGUUGGGUUUUGGUACGAUGAGAAUUCGACUGUCAAGACAUCGGCUGCCUUGCGGGUUUGGAGACCCGGCAUCGUCGGCCAAGAGGGGAAUAUCGGUGCACAGCCCCGGUACGAAGAAAUCAUUAUUUACGACGAGUCUGGCGAGAGGAUCAUUGACAGCCAAGCCGGCCUGCGCCUGUCUCUGGAGGACUUUGCAUGCCGUCGUUCUGUGGACGAGGGCGAGUUCGGGCGUCUCGACCAGCACGAAAUCUUCAUCGCUCUCCCCACUCUCCAAGACAUACUCGACGCAGCCGCGGAGCGCCACGCCGUCUUGCCCAACACGACCCAGCAGCAGAGCACUAUAUGA